CUAGCUGCGUCGCGCGGUGCGGGAGCCCUGCUUCGACUGGCCCUCUGGAAGAAAACAGCGCGCGCGCCGUGGCGCAUUUUGUGUCGGCCGACAAUCCCAGGAAGGAAGGGGAGAGGACAGACUCCGCCGAGGGAGACGGAAAUGAGAGGGGGGUGUCCAAAGAGGAAACCCUAUCCCUUUAAGAGCAAGUGGGACAUAGCGGUGCGAGAAAAGGAGAGGAGGGGGAGAAGAAAGAGGAAUUAAAAAAGAAAAGGAAGAAAGAGACAGGGAGGGAGGAGGGAGAGCGGGCGAUAAAAAAAGAAAGAUGACAUCCUCGCAGCGCAACGGCCGAGGUGGAGCGAUAGGCUGCGGCCCGGCGAGAGCGCCGCUCGCCGGGGUCAGGGCUUGAAUCCAACAACGAGGCUUCGACAAACACCCGAUUGGCCUAUCGGGGGAAAUCGGAAAAAUAGAUUCAUAAAUUAAAAACAAAGCAUGAGCUGCUGUGCGACCUGAUACGUGUGCUAUUAACCAUGUUCGUUCUCUUGCGUAAAAAUGCAUUUAUUUCACGUAGUGUGUUUUGUGUUUAUUGCUAAAGUGGAAUAGUGGAAUUUGCGAUUUUUUUUUGGUUUUCAACUACUUUUGCUGUUUGGUGUUGCGCUGUAGUGAGAUUAGCGUUUAAGGAAUUAAAGUUGGAAACCAAAGUCAGGGAGAAUCGGGCCAUUAUUGGGUCCCGGCCUGCUCCACUCCAGCCUGCGUACGGCAGCCCGCGUUAACAGCUGCGUGCAUUUUAAUUUACAGCAUUAAGGCUACCUCAAUUAGAAAAACCGAUCGGCGCGGACGACUCGACUCGCGUUUUUCACGGGACUCCGGGGGCUCGUUUGCGCUGCGGCACGGGCGGCCGUCGGCGACUCCGUCACCGCUGGGGCCGAUCAAAACCAUGCAAAGGCUGCAUUCCUCGAUCUCAAUCAGGCGCUGACUUCAUUAUCUCCAUCGCCGCGGUGCAAAAUGGAUGCUGCUUGGAGCAAUUUCCUCUUCCAGAAUACUCCCACCCAGAACCAAGUGGAGGGGAGCCUCCAAUCAGAGCUCAUGCCAGUGCAUACGAGUUCACCCCAAACCCCACCCACAGAGCACAUAGCGCAGCCUCCCUCGACUGUGGACACUGCUGCUCUCAGUGAGGAUCCCCUUCCUGUGAAGCCAGUGUCCCGGCCGACGCGCGUGCCCCACAUCUGCGCCAUCUGCAACAAGCAGUUCAAGAACAACUACAACCUGCGGCGGCACCAGUCGGUCCACACUGGGAGGCCCGCGAACCCCAACCCCAACCCGGUGAAGAAGAACCACGCCUGCGAGACGUGCGGCAAGGCCUUCCGCGACGUGUACCACCUCAACCGCCACCGCCUGUCCCACUCGGACGAGAAGCCCUUCUCCUGCCCCAUCUGCCAGCAGCGCUUCAAGAGGAAGGACCGCAUGAGCCACCACGUGCGCUCCCACCAGGGCGGCGUGGAGAAACCCUACGUCUGCCCCCACUGUGGCAAGGCCUUCUCCAGGCCUGACCAUCUCAACAGUCACGUCAGACAGGUGCACUCCUCUGAGCGGCCCUUCAAAUGCCCCACCUGCGAGUCCAGCUUUGCCACGAAGGAUCGUCUGCGCGCACACAUGAUCCGCCACGAGGAGAAGGUCCCCUGUCAUAUCUGUGGAAAGCUCCUGUCCGCCGCUUAUAUCACGGAUCACAUGAGGGUGCACAACCAGUCGCAGCACCACGCCUGCCACCUCUGCAACCGCAGCUUCACCACGCUGACGUACCUCCGCGUGCACGCCCAGAAGCACCACGACCUGGAGUGGAAGGACAGCCCCGGCGGCUUCGGCGGCACGGCCUCCCGCGGCGUCCUCGUCUGCCACUUGUGCGGCGUCCACUGCAAGACGCCCACGCAGCUCCAGGGCCACAUGGGCACCCACGCCAACAGCCAGGGUGACCCGAGCCCCGUCGCCGCCAGCGUGGCGGCCAGCAGCUCGGUCUCCCUCAGCAACAUGGUGACGGCGCCCACCGUGUACGUCACCGGUAACACGGUGGUGGACCUGCUGGUCACAGACUGCUCUAGCAUUGCCGCGCCGCAGACCCACAGUUAGCAGCAGAGAGCUCAGCAAUAGCAACCUCAGUCCCUUAGCAGAGGGGAAGGUCGGAGAAGGACGAAGGUACUCGUAGAUGCUGAUCCAGAUUCGUUUGUCAUUAAGAAGUACGGUUAACGUUCCACAGACCACUGUAUCAGAGAAAAGGGGGAGGAGGAAGAGCUGUGUGAAGUUCUGGAACGGUGGACUUUGGUGGCUGCAGCAGGGUCAUGACAAGCUGAAGAUUUCAAUGAAAUUGUAGUAAUGUGAGCAUUUACUGUAUCACCCUCUCCCCUUUCUGACCUCUCUCUCUCCCUCUCCCUGAACUCUGGAAUUGGCUGCUCUCUGCAGGUGCACCAAGUACUGUAUAUCUCACACCAGCUCUGAUCUUACCUCCAUUUUGCAGCUCACUUCCUAAGUAUCCAAAUGGCUCGUGUUAAAAAGAAGUAGCAGAAUGGGAAUAGGAACCUUCUCAAGAGAAAUAGGAGGGACGUUUGGGUGCCGGUUGGUCAGGGCUCGUCUAGCAUGUUCGCUCGUUUCUUCACGAAAAUGAAAUCAACAUUUGAUUUGGAGCUGUAACGCUGGGUCAUCGAGGCUCUAGCAGGUUGUUCAUAGAUCAAAACAGAAGGCCGUGCACGCCACGGUCAGUGUGUAAUUGUGGGAUGUACUUUGUUGAUUUGUUUGUAAAGGUACAGAGAUAACAAUAGAGUUUUGUUCAGGAGUGUCAAGCACCUUAAAUAGUUUUUUGUCUGAUUACACACGAGGAUCAAAAUAGGUUUGAGAGUUCUUGGAUUUUCUUGCUCUGAGUCUUCCUCUUCUGGUCUGGCCGUCAAAAAAAAACACACACAAAAAAACAGACAAGGAAUCAACACUUCAGCUUCUGACAUGGCGACUCUUGCACCUGAGAACUACCUUUUUGCAUGACAUAAAAGCUAGCUCAGUCCUGCUUAUUGUUAGGGAGCUGCUGUAACAAAAGAAGCGUGGAGCAGCUCCGCUAAGUUAGUCAGCUGUAAACAGUAAUAUUUAUAAAAAGUGUUGAUUUAAUCAGAAGAUUUAACAUUGUUGGCCAUUCAUCUGAUUGUAACUGUCAUUGCCAUAGUCAUUUUUCUCCACGUACCAGUCCAAUGAGUGACACUUAUGCAUUAGAUUUAGUCAUUUUACUGUGUGUAUAGCACCUGAUGUUCUGAACACGAGUCAUUAUCGUUCUGCAUUAAUCAUUUUGAAGAAUGGUCUUUCGUCUGUUGGAUGUUUUUGGUUGCUUUGAGUUAUAUUGUGAGUAAUGUGUGGCAUCCAGGAAGGGCUUCUAAAGUCGCAAGUCGGGCAACGUCAUAGGAAGAGAGUUAGACAACACCACUCGGUAUGCUGUAAACAAAUCCUGGUUUUGUACUGGAGUGUUUUUGUGUUUUUUUUUUUUUUUUAGUUUUGUGUUGAUAUGUUACCUUGGAAAUAGUAGAGUUGUUUCUUUCCUCCUCUUCCUCUCUUUCUUUGGCAAUGUGUUUCUUCCUGUUGAGAAAAGUAGUAAUUAAUUACAAAGUUAAUUUUAGGUUUUCUCCAUAACACUAAGAAAAAAUAAUACCUCUACUCUAGAAUUGUGUACAGCUCUUGUGAUACAUCUUAAUGCCUUAUCGUACUCAACUGCAUUUUAAUUCUUUUAUGAUGAAAUAUUUCAAAUCUUAGUCAUGGAUUCAUUAAGAAUAUUAAUGGGAUGUAUUUAUAUUUAUAUUUUUAUAUUUCUCAACAGUAUGCAUGUCUAAAAGGUUGGUAGAGCAAAAAAAAAUCAAUGACGCUUACUACAGUCAUAAAUAUUAUGUUAUUUUGUAGACGAAGUAGAGAUCAUGCUAUUAUUUUGUAAUUUGGACAAUUUAAAGUAAAAACAUAAAUGGG